CAUGUACACACCCAUCCCCCAGAGCAGUUCCCCGUUCUCAGCCUCCGUGCAGAAUCCUGGCCUGCAUAUCUGGCGGGUAGAGAAGCUGAAGCCAGUGCCCGUAGCACCUGACAACCGGGGUAUCUUCUUCUCAGGAGACUCUUACCUGGUGCUGCACAAUGGCCCAGAAGAGCUUUCUCACCUGCACCUGUGGAUAGGCCAGCAGUCAUCCCGGGAUGAGCAGGGGGCUUGUGCAGUGCUGGCUGUGCACCUCAACACCCUGCUCGGGGAGCGACCUGUGCAGCACCGUGAAGUACAGGGCAAUGAGUCUGACCUCUUCAUGAGCUACUUCCCGCAUGGCCUCAAGUACCGGGAAGGUGGCGUGGAGUCAGCAUUUCACAAGACCUCCCCAGGGACCACCCCAGCUGCCAUCAAGAAACUCUACCAGGUGAAAGGGAAGAAGAACAUUCGCGCCACAGAGCGGGCACUUAGCUGGGACAGCUUCAACACUGGGGACUGCUUCAUCCUGGACUUGGGCCAGACCAUCCUCACCUGGUGUGGUGGAAAGUCCAACAUCCUGGAGCGUAACAAGGCCCGGGACCUGGCACUGGCCAUACGAGACAGUGAGCGGCAGGGCAAGGCCCAGGUGGAAAUCGUCACUGAUGGGGAGGAGCCUGCUGAGAUGAUCCAGGUCUUGGGCUCCAAGCCCCCUCUGAAGGAGGGAAACCCUGAGGAAGACCUCACAGCUGACCAAGCAAACGCCCAGGCCGCAGCUCUCUAUAAGGUGUCUGAUGCCACUGGACAGAUGAAUCUGACUAAGGUGGCCGACUCUAGUCCCUUUCCACUCGAGCUGCUCAUAGCUGAUGACUGCUUCGUGCUGGACAAUGGGCUUUGUGGCAAGAUCUACAUCUGGAAGGGACGAAAAGCUAACGAUAAGGAGCGGCAGGCAGCCCUCCAAGUGGCUGAGGGCUUCAUCUCCCGUAUGAAGUACGCCCCCAACACUCAGGUGGAGAUUCUGCCCCAAGGCCGUGAGAGUCCCAUCUUCAAGCAAUUCUUCAAGGACUGGAAAUGA